AUGCCAUCGCUGGAUAACAUUCCGGUCUCCGUCCCAGAGAUGGACACCUUGGACGAUGCGAAGGAGGCUGCUGUGACGGCGCUGCUUGAAGCCGUCUGCAGCCACUACGGCGGCACCUACCCGCCUCAGUUCGCAAAGUGCAAGGACGAUGCGGACAGAAGAAUCCUGGCGUAUAAAUAUCUAAAGGCCCGCGCUUGGAAAGCGAAGGAUGCAAUGGAGAUGAUCACGACAACCAUGCUAUUUAGGGAGCAAAACAGGGCCGAUUCUAUGAACUUAUUUCCUUGUGUUUUUUCCAUCCGCGGCUUUGAUGAAGAGGACUUGUGCCGCACCCUACGCGAGCCCUAUGCGGAGCCGGAGAAGGAGUUCAAGCUCUACUUCCUCGCUGCGGGUCCCUACUACUCGGCGGGCUACCAUUAUUGGGACAAGGAGGGGCACCCUGUGUUGUACGACUUUUCCGGUCGGUGCAACGUCAAGGAACUCUUGAGGUCGUACGCGUCAAUAACCCCGGUGGGCAAAGGGGAUAAGGACGCCAUUUUGCAUUACCAUCUUUAUAUGAAUCUCGUACAGGAGAGACUGGUGAAAUACGCCGAUGUGAAGAGUGUAGGGAGAGGGGGUCGCCGUAUCCUUGGCGUGACCGCGAUUAUGGAUAUGGAGGGGCUUCAUCUGGGGAUGUUUAACUCGCAUAUCGUGGGUAUUGUGCGCGCCAUCUUUACUAUGGAUCAAAUGUACUUCCCUGAGGCGCUACACCGCCUUUUAGUGAUCAACUGUCCUAGCGUUGUCAUGUAUGCCUUUGGAUUGCUCCGCGGCUCGCUUGAUGCAAACACCCAACAGAAGGUGGUCUUCUGUGACAAGGCAAACUCUGCGGCUGCAGUGAAGAAAAUUAUUGAUGAGGACAAAAUACCAAAGUUCCUGGGUGGAUCCUGUGAGUGUACGGGCGGUUGCGUGCCAGGCAUGGAUUCGGUGUGUAAAGGACUUGCGGAUGUCUCUUCCCCCAUCCCUCUUACGGAGGACAUCUCCAUCUCGGCGGGGAAGCGGCAUGCGAGGGAGCUCCUGCUUCAACCAGGGGAAGAGGUUCAGUGGGAGUUCAGGUGUGCGAAAUCUAAAGGGGGACACGCGACCGAUAUUCAUUUCCACGUGUCGUUUACGGCACACGACGAGCUUCAGGCUUCGAAGCGCCCUCGGACCGACCCGCCGCUGGACUCGCGUAGGUCUUCAAGGAGUUCUCAAAAAACGUCAGACUUGUUUACAAGCCUCAAGACGUUGAGGUCGGGGAAAGUGGAAAUGGACAGCGACCGUUUUUUGGCCAACGAGCGUGGGAUGUUGAAAUUGGUGUGGGAUAAUCACGCGUCGUGGGUGCACAGCAAGCAUGUGCAACUGCGCAUUUUCAAAAGCGGGGGCUGA